CAUUGCGUUAUUAACGUAAAACGAGACACGUUGUCGUCUCACGUGCGUCCAGAUGUUCGUCAAUCGCAACAUCGGUUUUGAUCCUUCUGUUCUAAUCAGUCUUGAACAUGGAUCAUCUCAUACGUUCAUUGUUUCGUGUCGGUUUUAAUUUUAUUAAUUUACAAGACUUUUUUACGUUAUUUAGGUGUAAUACAUCGUAAAUACCAUAAAAUCAAAUACUGAGAAAUUUUUUUAGUUCUUGGUGUUGAUGUUCGGUGUGAAUCCCACAAAUGGCCCAUAUUCACAACAUGUUUGCUUCAAUCUGUGUCCGAAAUGGGGACACAUUGACAAUAAACGACAACUGUUACGAAAUUUUACAAGAAAUCCUGAGGGAGCUUUUAACCGAAGACAGUACGUUGCGGACGUACAGAAGAGCAAUCGGUUUUGGUCAAAACAUCAAAAAGGACCUAAUCCCACUCCUGACUCACUUGAAAGACGAUGCGAAAGAAUCGACGAAAAUUAUCGAUACCAUUAUCAAAAUUUUGGUUAAUUUGACAAUUCCCAUCGAGUAUUUACUGCCACUAGAAGCCAUGUCGCAAACCGAUGUCGGAAGACACACCAUUUUUGAAUUAAACAAACUACUGACUAGCAGUAAAGAAGCUUUUACUGAUAGCAGAAGCACAAAAAUGAUAAUGGAUCACGUGAAAUUCAUCGUGGAAAGUGAUCUAGAGAUGAAUUUGGAAUAUUGCGAUAGCAUCAAUAACUGUCUUCUCCUCCUUCGCAACAUCCUCCACAUACCCGAAGUCAGAAGCGUCCAAAACAACACUUCCAGUAUGCAAAACCAAAUAAUUUGGAAUUUAUUCACGCAAAGCAUCGACAAAGUCAUCAUUUACCUAAUUUCCUGUCCACAAAAAGUGUACUGGGGGGUAACCAUGGUCCAGCUCAUUGCCCUUUUAUACAAAGACCAACACGUGGGGACCCUCCAGAAGCUGCUCAACCUGUGGCUGGAAGCCUCCCUCAGCGAAAGCUCCGAAGACAACGAGAGCAACACUUCGCCCCCCGAGCAAGGCAGCGACGACUCCUCCCCCAUCAUCACCUCGGACCCCACGUCCGACUCGAGUGACGGCGGCGGGGGCAACAGGAACAAAACCCUUCAAUCGACCAAGAAAACCCUGAUGAUGCGAGGCAAGUCCACCGAAACGGAGACGAGUACAAGUAGCGGCGUCUCGACGGCGCAUAACAGCAUCGAGUUAGAUAUUCCCAAGGGUGAUAAAGCCCCCUUGAAUUACAAAAGGGAGUGUGUGUCGUCGCAAAGCGAGGAUUUUGGGUAUGUGACCCAAGUGGAGAACCAGGAGUCCAUCUCCACGUCGAGCAAUGAGGAGGAUCAGCCGCAACAGAAACCGGUACAUCAGAAGCCCCACACGUUUCAAAAAAGUCGGUACAACACGGGGAAGAGUCGGGCGGCCACGGCGCUGGAUAAGAAGGAGUUGCGAAGGAAGAAGUUGGUCAAGAGGAGCAAAACUAACACGAUCAACAUGAAGGGUCUUUUGCAUCACCUGCCCACCGACGAGGACAUCGCUAACAUCCUCAAAGAGUUCACUGUGGAUUUCCUCCUCAAAGGCUACGGUACCUUGGUGCAGGACCUCCAUUCCCAAUUCCUCACCAAUAUUCACCUCCAAAUCGACACUUCCCACUUUUUUUGGCUGGUAACUUACUUCCUGAAGUUUGCUACUCAACUGGAAUUGGAUCUGGAACACGUCAGUCCCGUUUUAUCCCACGAGAUUCUCUCCUAUCUGGUCUUUCAAGGCGUCUGGAUUUACGAAGAGCUGGAAAUGAGCGGAAAAAUCCCCGAUUUUGAUCUGAAACCGUGUUUGAGAAGACUGCAUUUGGUGGUGACCGCAAUCCGGGAGUUCCUCCAAGCGGUGGAGACGUACCAAAAAAUGAUCCAUUUGAGUGAGGAGGAUCGCCUAGCGCUCGUGCAGCUUCAAAAUCAGAUCACCGAAAUGGAAGAUUUGAGGUCACUGUUUUUGUUGUUGUUGAGACAGUACAACCCCAAUAUUCAAAGCAGACAGUACCUCCAAGAUCUGAUUUUGACAAAUCACAACUAUUUGUUGUUUUUGGAUUCAGCGACCAAAGAGCGACGGUCUUUUAAUAUGAUGGAACACCUCAAACAGUUCGCGACGGUCGAAAUUAUGAAACAAUACGGACUGUUGCUCGAGAGUUUCAAAGAAAACGGCGAAUUUGUCAAUAAUUGCAUUUUUACGAUGAUGCACCACAUUGGGGGCGACCUCGAACACGUCGCCACCCUUUUCCAACCAAGUAUCCUCAAAACGUUCUCUCUGAUUUGGGAAACCGACUACGAAAUUUGUGAUGACUGGUCCGAUUUAAUCGAAUACAUUAUUCACAAGUUUAUUAAUUCACCACGCUCAAACUCCGAUUUAAAUUCAUCGGAAACUUGCCAUAAUCUCGUGGUGGAUGAAGCCGAAUGGACUGAAGAGGAAAAACACAAUUUGUUAGGUUAUUACAACCAAAGUCAAUUCUCGAACGACACGAUUGCCAACAUAACGAAAAAAUACGAGAAAUGCGGAGUGCGUCGAAAGUCACAAUUGUCAAUAAUCAAGCAAUUGUUGGAGCAAAAUAUCAUCAACGAGAGUCAAUAUAACGAUUUCAUCAAAGUGAAACAACAACCUGACCAUUUGAAAGAAACCAAAAACAUUACCACCAACCAAAUUGAUUUCGAAGAAAAAACCCCAAUUGAUGAAGGAAUCCGACUAUUGCGCGAAUAUUUGUGCAAAGACAACAAAACAAAAUUCGUCUUAUGGCUCCAAAAAGUCCUAAUCAACACUUGUUACGUCAAAUUAGCCCUGGCAAAUCCCGGGGAAUUCAACAACGACAAAGCUUUAGCCCAACCUGUCAUCUACUACUUUGCUCUACUGAAUCUACCAAUCCCGGUGGUUCCCUGGACUGUCGAUCAAACCGCCAUUUUGAAAUAUCAGUCAUUCGUCUUGCUUUUACACAAACUAGGUUUUUAUUUACCGAUCGACACGGGAAAAAUCUUUGUAACAAUCCCCACUUUCUGGAACGCCGAAUAUGUCUUCUCCAUGGUACAGCAAUUAGGGCCUAUCGAUCCAGCGAAACUCAAUUUCGACGUCGCCAUUUUUAAAGGGAGGAAUCGACGCGAAUUCUUCAAACAGGAAACUACAGAUUGUGUGAAUUUCAUUCACACGAGGAAAUUCUCCCUGAGCGACGCGAAAGAAACACCAACGAUGGUUAGAUAUACGCCCUUACCGAAUUCAACUGAAUGGUUUCAAAAUUGCCAGUCGAGGGUACUUCCCGAUUUUGAAGUACCGAUCAAUAGUGGGCAUCCCCUGUCAAUAGCGAUUCCGGGCCUCGAAGAGCUCACUUGUAUCAGCCCCCCUCCCGAACUAAGUAUAGUAGACAAUCAUGUGAUCAACGGAAAUAUGGAGUGUUCCCCCAUCCACAGCGCCUGUGAGACCGCUUCGAUCGCUUCCGACUUGACUCGAAUGUGUGUCAGUGACGAAGAAGACAAAACAAUUUUGGUUAUUGAACAAAAAUAAUUUGAGUGUGUUUGAGUUGUUUUAAAUGUUUUUGUGUUCACUUUUGUAUGUGACUAUUUAUUCCUCAAUGUAAAUAAAAAUUAUUUUCGGACUAA